GGGAGAGAGGGAAAAGGAGAAGGAGGGCAGAGGAGAGUGGAGAAGAGAGGAUAGUUUGCAGAGCGAACUCCAGCGAGGCUGUGCAGCGAGAGCAGCCACAGCACUUGGUCGGCCGCACCUGAGCCGGCUGGGCAGCAGCGGGCGCUCGUGGUCCUCCUCCCUCUGGGGCUCUCGCCCUCUUCCUCCUCCUCCUCCUCUUCCUCCUCCUCCUCUGUCUCCUUCUCCUCCGCUUCCCCGUGGGACCAGGAGCUGCCAGCCUCCAGCACUCGGUCUCCCACACCAUAGCAAGAGCACCCGCUGCCUCUCCAAGCCCUUCUGCCUGCGUCUCUGCGCUGGGGCCAGCAGAAGCGGCGAACCUCUGGUCUCCCCCUACCUCUAUCCCCGUGCAUCCCCUUCCCUUCCUCCCCCGACACCCUCCACAUUCCUCUAGCCCCAGCAUAUACCGCAGCACCCCCACACACGCAUCCACGGACCCAACCCUCCAGUCUUGGAGGGUUUCGCGAAGAUCUAGCCCCUGUCUGCCUCCCUUCCUCCGUCCACUUCUCUCCAGAGUUGCGCCGUGCCCCAUGGCCCUGGCAGAGGGACGUCUGCGGGACGCCGACGGACUGCACUGUGCAAGUCAGUAAUAUCACUGCUUGCCAGAUAUAUGUGACGUGAACAAGGAGGAGCUGUGUGAAGGCCUUUCUAUGCAGCGGUUGCUUCAUGACCCCCCAUCCAGUUGAGUGAAGCUAGACCAGUGUCCACCAUGACAGUACUUGUUCUGGGAGCAGUGCUGCUAAUCCUCCAACCACAGCUAGUGCCUUCUUAUCCUGCCACCAGCUCUAAAGCAGAAGUCCCUUCUGAAGCUGGACAGAAAGAGCUCUUAAGGAAAGGCUCUCUCAAGAGUGACUUCCAAGAUGGUGCUCCUUUGAAUGGAUCUAGCCAGCAGCUCCCACAAACCAUCAUCAUUGGUGUGAGGAAAGGUGGUACCCGAGCCCUACUAGAGAUGCUUAGUCUGCACCCAGGGAUAGCUGCUGCUGAAAGUGAAGUCCAUUUUUUCGACUGGGAAGAUCAUUAUGGAAAUGGCCUUGAGUGGUACCUCAGCCAAAUGCCCUACUCUUUCCCUCAUCAGCUCACUGUGGAAAAAACCCCUGCAUACUUCACAUCGUCCAAAGUGCCUGAGAGAGUUUAUAAUAUGAACCCAUCCAUCAGACUGCUCCUUAUCCUGAGAGACCCCAGUGAGCGAGUUCUGUCUGACUAUACUCAAGUGUUUUAUAACCACGUGCAAAAACACAAACCCUAUCCAUCUAUUGAAGAGUUUCUCAUCAAAGAUGGUGAGCUCAAUGUGGAAUACAAGGCAAUAAACCGGAGCCUCUAUUAUUUUCACAUGCAAAACUGGCUCCAAUAUUUUCCGCUAGAUCACAUUCACAUUGUAGAUGGGGAUCAACUCAUAAAAGACCCUUUCCCAGAAAUAGAAAAAGUAGAGAGGUUCUUGAAGCUAUCUCCACAAAUCAAUGCUUCGAACUUCUAUUUUAAUAAAACAAAAGGCUUUUACUGCCUAAGGGACAGCGGCAGGGACCGGUGUUUACAUGAGUCAAAAGGAAGAGCACACCCUCAAGUGGAUCCCAAAUUACUUAAUAAACUGCAUGAAUAUUUUCACGAGCCAAAUAAGAAAUUCUUUGAGCUCGUUGGCAGAACAUUUGACUGGCACUAGACUACCAAGCAACACUCUGAACCUUUCUACUCUAAGUUCUGGUGUAUGUCUAGGAAAGACAAAUAAUAAUAAUAAUAAUAACAGAGGGCAUUGAAGCUAUAAUUUAUUUGUAAAAUCCAUAAAUUACUUAUGUACAGUAUUAGAUUCACAAUUGCCAUAUAUACUAGUUAUAUUUUUCUACUUGUUAAAUUGAAAGCAUUUUGUAUUGUUUUUCAUGGUUGUUAACAUGGUGUAUGAUGUCUCUAUAUGAAGGAACUAAAAUAUUUCACUGCAUAAGAUUGGCUAGAGACUGUGUUGUCCUUCUCAGUAUAAAAUCCAUUUGUCCCCAAUACCUGAGGCAACCAGCAGUUUGAGACUGCAGCAUCCAGACCCCUUUAUUACUUUCCAAUGGAAAAUUGCUUGUGCAUUAUGUUUCUCAAUCUGUUUUUUUUUUUCCCCUGCAGUUCUUUUAAUUUUUAAUGCCUCACUGUGGUCAUCAGAUUUCUUUGACUUGCCUCAUAAAAUAAUGUAUCUUGCCUGAGAUGCCUUAUUAUUCGCAGAAGUAGCACUUUUUCCCAGACUGAAAUGAAAUUUGGCAAAUAUCUGAGUGUGGGCCUCAACCCUGUGUAAACUUUGUAUGGAUCAGAGAGCAUCUCAUAAAAGCUGACCUUUUGAGGUCAGUGGAUAUUUUUGGCAGGCUACUGAAGUCUAUGGACCCUUUCUCAGAAUAAUGUUUUCAAACACAUAAAAUAUGUAGGAUGUCAAAGGAAGCCAAUUACAUUGAAAUAUAGUAUUAUAUAUUUACACAUAUAUGUGUGUGCAUAUACAUAUACAUGUAUAUAUGUGUGCAUACACACACAUAAACCCUGGGUUAAGAACCCCUGUUCCAAGUAGUUUGUCUCUGCCCAAACAUGCCAUCCUGCUCACUUCUGCACCUCAAAAAUUUGAGAAGUCAGCAUCAGCAGUGGGAGAGAAUAAAGGCCCCAGCUCUCAGGAUAGUUUUUGAUUUAUCCCAAAUGCUCAUACCAACCCAUUUAAAGGAAGCCCUACUUAAAGCAAGCCCCAAGUAAAGCCUUGGUACAGUGGAGAGAAUUCUGGCUGUGGAGUCAACAGACCUGGGUUUGAAUCUCAGCUCUGGCAAGCUGUCUGUGAUCCUGGGCCACUAAGAUCAGACAAUAUUAAGUCAAUGAGCCAUCACUGCACCUGGGUAUUUGCAGCAAAGGAAAAAAAAAGUGAUUUUUCCCUAUGACCUUGUGACCAUCUCUCUGGGCCUCAGUUUGUUUGUCUUUAAAAUGAAGCUUAACUAGGUGAUUUCUAAAGACCUUUCUGAAUAUAAUUCGUAAGAUCCUGAGAAGGUUCCCUCUUUUGGUAGCUAGAUUAUGCCCAUCCAAAUCAGUCACCUGUUCCUUAGAGAGAGAAAAAAACAACAUAGAAAAGCAAACUGUGAAUUUGGUUUACUAAAGAAUAACCUCAUACAGUCUAUACUGCACCAUUGUGUAAGGAGUACUGGUUUGGGAGAUUGGAGACCAGUCUUGAUUCUACUAAUAGCUAGCUAUAAGAUCUCCAGCAAUCCACUUUACCUCUUUGGCUCUCAAUUAACACAUUGAUAUAAAAAGGGACUGAAGUUGGUCAUCUCUCAGCCCCUUUCCAGAUUUAAAAAUUCUAUGACAUGCAAGGAUUGACCCGCUCAACCUCCUGAUACCUAACAAACCAAAUUUGUUUCCUAGGCCUGAAAGCUAGACUAUACCUCUGACUUUUAGGAUGCAAACAACAUGCCAGGGCCCUUUCUUGUAUAUGAAAGUAGCGACUCCUGGUAGUACAUCAUUAUUCUUGACCUAUUCUCUGGGUUCCUAUGAAGUGUGAAGCUGAUCAAGCAUUAACCAGAUUGGAGACUCCCCUAAGAAUUGUGAGAUGAGUGAAUCACCACUGUAUGCUUCAGCAGGUCAAUUUGGAAUCUGGCCUAGACCAGACUGCUUCCCAGGAGUUGUGCAAGGGUGGAGUGAAAACUCCUCUAUCAUAAGGGAACACCCUUCUGAGGACUUGCCCUCUCCCUUGGGUGGUGGAAAGAAUUUAUCCUCUUACUGCUAUGAAAAGGAAAACAAAACAAAACAAAUAAACAAACAACCAAAAACAAAGGAUUGGGAGUGACAAAGCUCAGUUCUAGUCCCAGCUCCUCAGCUCUGCCACCAUUUUACUACCUGACCUUGGCAAAUCCCUUUACUUCUCUGAGACUCAUUCUUCUUGUCUAUAAAAUGAGAAGGGUGGACCAGGUAAUUUUAAAAGUGACUUAGAGUCCUAAAUCCCUUAAUUCUAGAUACUAAGGCCCUUCCAAUUGUCAUUUUUUUUUGUUCUAAGGUUCCUUCUAGUGCUAAGAUUUGAUAUCUGUACCUGUGUAUAAGAGUUGUAGAAGACUUAUCCAUUGCCCCCAAGGACCAAACAAUUUAUUUGAGGCACUAAAAAGAGGUAUUAGCCAUAAAAUGGAGUUGAAUGAAAUGACCUCUGCUCUCUUGAAGGUUAGCUGCCAAUGAAUUUCACAGUAGAUGCUUAUAAGUGUUUAUUGAUUUUAAUUGAAUUUGCCCCUUAAAAAAUGAGGGAAGUGCUAAAUUGUGGGAUACUGACCAUACACACAAAAAUAAUUCAGAGAGAAGUGAGCGAUCAAAAUGGACCAAAGUAGUCAGAGAAGGUUUCCUGGAGAAAGUGGGACUAGAGAUGGAAGGUAAGGAUGGGUAAGAUUUAGGUUGUAUAAGAGGAAAGGACAGAGCAUUCAAGCAAAAGGAAUAAAGUCAAGGAAGUCAGACUGUAUAUGGUGUAUGUCAGGUCAGGGGUGCUUUAGAGAAACCAAUGUAACUAAAGCCCAGCAUGGGUGUUGGAGUAUAACUGAUUCCCCUCUUUUAUGAUGUAAUGUUUCUACAAGAUUAUUUAGACUCUUAAAAACCAGGUAAAAGGAAGGACUUGAUGAAGCAGGCAAGAGCCAUUUUUGUGGUCAACAAGAAAAGAAAUCCACUGAGU